AAUUUCGCGAACCGCUCUGUCUUUUACGCUAUUUGACCUUCAAUGACAUUCAAACGUUUGUUUCAGUUGGGCACACUGAAUGUGAAGUUGUCACUUGCAUCAAUAAGAUUCCAGAGUUCGAAGAGUUUGCCUGGGCUUGUUGUAAAAAGAACAGAAAAGAGCUGCAGUAAUUCCAUAAUGGCAUUCAACAAAUUAAGCAUUGAAAAUUUGGAUUUAAACGGAAAGCGCGUAUUAAUGCGCGUUGACUUUAAUGUGCCCAUCAAGGAUGGUAAAAUAACCAGUAAUCAACGUAUUGUCGCAGCUUUGGAUAGCGUAAAAUAUGCUUUGGAGAAAAAUGCCAAAUCUGUGGUGCUAAUGUCGCAUUUGGGUCGUCCAGAUGGCAACAAAAAUCCAAAAUACACUUUAGCGCCAGUUGCUGAAGAAUUAAAAACUUUGCUUGGUAAGGAUGUCACCUUUUUGAACGACUGCGUUGGUUCCGAUGUUGAAAGCAAAUGUAAGGACCCACCAACUGGUUCAGUUAUAUUACUAGAAAACUUGCGCUUCUAUACUGAAGAGGAAGGCAAAGGUGUCGAUCCUAGCGGCGCAAAAGUUAAAGCUGAUCCAAGCAAAGUAAAAGCAUUCCGUGAAAGUCUUGCAAAAUUAGGUGAUGUAUAUGUAAAUGAUGCAUUUGGUACAGCGCAUCGUGCACAUAGCUCAAUGAUGGGUGAAGGCUUUGAGAAACGCGCUGCCGGAUUAUUACUCAAUAAGGAGCUUAAGUAUUUCUCAAAAGCUCUGGAUAAUCCACCAUGUCCAUUUUUGGCUAUAUUAGGUGGUGCAAAGGUCGCCGACAAAAUUCAAUUGAUUGAAAAUCUUUUAGAUAAAGUUAACGAAAUGAUAAUUGGUGGCGGCAUGGCCUUUACUUUCCUGAAAGUUUUAAACAACAUGAAAAUCGGUUCUUCUUUGUUUGAUGAAGAGGGCUCCAAAAUUGUACAAAAUUUAGUUGAAAAAGCUAAGAAGAAUAAUGUACAACUGCAUUUACCAGUUGAUUUUAUCUGUGGCGAUAAAUUCGCCGAAAACGCUGCCGUAAGUGAGGCUACUGUGGAAAGUGGUAUACCUGAUGGACACAUGGGUUUGGAUGUUGGCCCAAAAACAAGAGAAUUGUUUGCUGCACCCAUAUGCCGUGCAAAAGUUAUUGUCUGGAAUGGACCACCAGGCGUAUUCGAAUUUGCUAACUUUGCCAAUGGCACAAAAGCAGUUAUGGAUGCAGUUGUAACAGCAACUAAAUCCGGUGCUGUUACAAUUAUUGGUGGUGGCGACACUGCUUCAUGCUGCGCCAAAUGGAACACUGAAUCUUUAGUAUCACACGUUUCUACUGGUGGUGGUGCAUCACUCGAAUUGCUGGAGGGUAAGACACUACCUGGUGUAGCUGCCUUAAGCAACGCUUAAUUUAACGCACAUCGCUGAUGUUAUCAUAAAUCUACGUUAUAAUGAAUGUUGUUAAUUAUUUACUAUAUUUAUAAUUAUUUGAGAUUAAUUAUUACAUUGUUAGAAUUUUGUCAACAUCCAUAGAAUAUUCAACGUGUAGUAGAUAUACGCUUUAUAAACUGUCAUUUGUUGUAAUUGUUGUGGUUACACUCUCUAAAAAUUUAGUUGUUAAUAGUAAAUGGAAAAUAAUAAAAUUCCGUAAAAUAAUUUAUUCUAAAU